AUGAAGUUAGCAAAAUUCCAAGAAAUGAACUUUGCUACAUCAUUCUACCGUGUCUUAAGAUAUUUACGAGCUAAUUUGUAUGGACCUAAUCAUCCUAUGGAAAAAUUGGAAGCCGAACAAUUUACUCAACUGCAAUGGUUUAACGGCAAAGUCAAAAUGUUGUUACGAAUUACAACCACUCAUAUUACGUUCGACCUCUUAUUCAAUGAAUUGGAACUCGCUAUAUUAUGGAAUCAGACAUUACCAACUCCACCUUCAUUACUUCAACCUUUUCCACAUCCUUCUCCGCUUACUUCACCUGCUACGACAACAUCACCACCACAAAUAUCACCAUACUUAAUCCAAAAAGCAUGA